AUGGGAGAUCUUUUUUCCUUAUUUUGGGAGGUGGAUCCUCCUCCCAUACCUUUAAGUUUUACCAUUCCAAAUCAAGAUUAUCAGUGCCGGAAGGAUGACUCGUGUGGGGCAAUAGGGAGCUUCCUGCUUUGGUAUUUUGUCAUUAUAUUGGUCUUGAUGUUCUUCUCUCGGGCUUCUAUCUGGAUGUCUGAGAAGAAAAAGGACGAAGACACUGGGCCAAGCACUUCCGUAAGUAAAGCAAGCAAAGAUACUUCCUAUAAGUGGCCAAACAAACAUGGUACCUGGGACACUUUACAAAUGAUGAAAAAACCAAAGCAGAACCAAUUGACCCCUGUAACUGACUCUGAAGUGGCUUUGGUCAAUGCCUAUCUUGAACGCAGACGAGCCAAGCAACAUUCUCAAUUCAGCCAGGUGAAUCAGACCCAACCUGACAGUGAUACCACGGAAUACUGCAGUGAAGAAUCUAACUCGGGAACCUCCUCAUGGAAGGAAAGUGAAAGUGAAACCCCAUCCCCCACCAGUGUUAAGAAAAAAAAUAAAGCUCAGAGGCAAAAGAAUGUGGGAAGUUAUCAAGUCAGGGAAAGGCCCUGCCUCCACUGCAAAGCCUUGAGCACCAAUGAAUGGUUGACACGCCAUUUCCUUCAAAACACUUCAGUAACAGCCCUAAUGAAGACAGAUAUUCAAGAGGAAACUUCUGUACCUGAUAUUAAAACAAAAUACGGUAAAUUUUGA